AUGGCGCAGGGGUCACAUGCUGUCCAGGGACAAUUUCCAGGAGCCGCAGUAAGCUUACGCCUCCAACGCCGCGACAAAUGGCAAAAAGUAGUUAAGAGUGACGGAAAAUCAGACGGAUUUGUAGCGGAUGACGUAGGCAAGGGAAAUCAUGUCCCGGAGGAGUCUCCGUGUGCUGAGUGCCGCAACUCGAGGCUUCUGCCCGCGCUGCUGGCCGAGGGGUGGUCGCGGCCGGCCGACUGCGGCAACGCUCCAUCGCCGCCACCCUGGCUUCACCGCGACAAGCUCGCAGUAGGUCAAGCUGUCUUCCAUCGCUACUUCCUGAGCAUCUUCGUAAGCAAUUUGGUUGGGCUGCUUUGCCUGCUCGCCAUAGAGACAAUCGUAAAAGUGCUGGCCUUCACAGGACGUUCUUACGUGCCAUCCUCUUCCUACAGGCGAUAUUUGAGCACGAUAAACCAUCUCAGACAGUGGUAUUCUUCGGAUAUCUUUCUAAAAGAAUCAAGUGCCUACAAGUCCAUUCAACUAGUUCGACGAAUGCACACAUCAUCUCAUCUUGAAGCUCAAAAGUCUCAGUUUUUCAUUUCCCAAGUAGACAUGGUGGUUACACAGUGGGCGUUUUUUGGCCUUGUCCUGACACAGGGUUCCCAAUUUGGUGUCAGGCUUACCAGAGAGGAGGAAGAUGGACUUACCCACUUGUGGAGGAUCAUAGGAUACCUUUUAGGAAUUGAGGAGAAGUAUAUACUUUUUUUCUCUCUCUUUUUUACAUUCCAACAUUCCAUAAUUAUGUGAAUACGGUAACAAAGAUUUAUAUAAGGAUUUAAAAAAACUGAAUUUUAAUGUCCAAUUGUCAAGCAUGAUCAUUGAUCACAGAUUCUAAGAAGAACAAAACAAAUUUCAAAAUGAUUAAAUUGUUUGAGUUAAGACAGUAAACUAGUUGCAUACAAGUUAUAUAAAUGUUUUUUUUAUCAUAUUUUCCUUUUUAGAAAAUUAGUUUUCCAUAGUUAUCAUCCAAUAGGUAGGCUUCAGUAGAACAAUAGUGAACACACUGUAUUAUAUCAAAAUCUUAGAUAACAUUAGUGGUAGUUUUAGACUGCUAUUUACUUUCUUACUUGGAAACAGUUUUAAUAGCUUAGGCCUAGCUCAUAUGGCAUUAGUCUCCAUAAGAAAAAAAUUGUCAGUGAUAUUAAUCUUUUGAUUCUGUAUUUGUGGUACUUUGUAAGUGCUUUGCAAAAUAUAUCUUGACUAGAAACAGACAAGAA